AUGACCUCCUCAUUUUCGCUGAAUGUGAUUGGUAUCGAGGAUGGCAUGUUCAUGGGCAAAAAUCCUGGUUUCGGUGGCUGUAUCAAGCAGGUGGCGGCUGACUUUUUGGUGAACGAAAUCGAUUCGUCGGGCCGGCUUGUGGAGGCAUCAAGCCUCGCCCUUCCUCCCGCGCCCCCAGCGCCAGUGUCAGCAUCUGGGCGACCCAUACCAUCAACGGCGGCCGGGAAUACCACGGAACAGCAGACCAACCGCAGCAAGAUUGGAGAUUAUGGCGGUGGCUCUUGCACGCGGGGGGAGCAGGCGCAAGAUGACUCUGAGCUCGACUGGGCCCAAGAGCUGCAGCGGUGUCUGGCGGGGUCAGAGUCAGACUUUUCGAGGCUAGCAAGGCUCGACGCCGCAGCGAGAGGAGCCUCAGCACCAGCCCAAACGGCACCGUCGCCAACGCCAGCACCAGCGGUUGCGGGAGUGGGCUCAGCCGAGAAGAACGAAGGAGAGGCACUCGCUGGGGAUGUGACUGGGCAGGAAGCUGGAGCUUCUGAAGCAAGGGAGCAACAAUUGGCGGAGGCGGAAAAGGGAGAGACGGACGGCCCUGUACGGGUUCAUGCCGGGCAGGGGGCGGACAAGGCCGCUCGGGCCAGGGUGCAUCGCGCGGUACAGGAGACAUUUCCCUUCAUCAAGAUCCAGCGAGGUUCGCCAAUAUGGUGGGCUCAAAUUGUUGCUAGGCUCACUCCGCGCCUUGUUCGGCGUGUGUGUACAUCUCUUGCCGUCAUCACGACCCCGAAGACUACAACUGAGAAGGCCCCCGAUGGAAGCGUUACGGUGGUGUGCACCCAGGCUUCGCCACUUCCGGAACUUCGUGGACUCUUGUCGGGACCGGAUUUAGAGGCUUUACAAAGGCUGGUCAACCGAGGGCCGAGCGGGAAAGGCGCAGAUUCAGGCGUGACUCUGUCAUCCGACAUGGACCGAGCGAACAGAACCCUGGUUCAUCGGGCCAUUUCAGAGGCGUUUCCGUAUCUGCAGACCAAGACGUGCAACGACCCGAAGGAUCCAAGUUCCCAGCGGGUGUCCGUGUUCUGGAGCAAGCGCAGGGGCGGUGGCGGUGGCAGAAAGCGGAAGCGCCAGGGGUUGGACUCCCACGGCGGCAACGAUUCAGCCCGCAAACGGGCGGGCGCUAGCGAGGGCCACGGAACACGAUGGGUUCGGUUUGGCCUCCGCAAGGAAGGGCGCGAGCACCACAUGACCGCGUUAGCCUUGUCCAGGGUAUGCUUCAUUUCUCAUGCGGUUAUACCGCUGUCUUGUCUUGAUGGGGCGGUGCUGCGCGUCCCCCUGUCGGCGUUGUCCUUCGGAGGCAUCAAGGACAAGAGGGCCAUCACCACGCAGGCAGACGGCCUGGUCGCGUGCAUCGUGAAAGGGGUUCCACCAAGAAAAAUCCUGGAAAUCAACGGCUCACUCCCCGGAGUUACCGUUGGCAACCUAUCAUACUGCGCUCGUGGCCUCAACUUGGGUGAACUGUCCGGCAACAAAUUUUCGGUCGUAGUGCGAGGCGCCAUGGUGCCAGGGGCGGCUAUGAAGAGUUCCCUCGAGGAAGCAUGCUCCAACGGUUUCAUUAACUUCUUCGGAACACAGAGGGUUGGGUCGCCGCUGGCCGCGGCUCGAGGACAGCCGCUUCCGUACCAGGCAAGGGAUUCCGACCGUUUUUUCGUCUUUGGGAAACAGCUUCAUUCACACGUUUUGGCCGGCGACUGGGAAGCAGCAGUGAAGACAAUUCUACAGCCCAGAGACAACGAUCCACCCUUCCUGCACUCGGCCCUCGCUGAGCUUUUGGAGGGCAAGAUCACCGCAAGAGACUGCGCAGCACGCGUGAGGGGGCGAAACCGGCUGUCCACGGAGCGACUGGUUCUGCAGGGCUUGGUUCGCUACGGCGAUUCUGCUUUCCAAGUCGCUAUUCAGUGCAUCCCUUUCGGCAUGCGCACCAUGUGGGUGCACGCCUACCAGAGCCAUGUUUGGAACUCCUUGGCCUGCGCGAGGAUUCGCCUGCUCGGGUCUGAAGCGGUGCCAGGCGACCUCAUACUCCCGGCCGACGAUUGCGCCGCCACCGAGGAAAUCGGGGAAAUGUCCCCUGCAUUUCCCGGUGCUGUAAGCGAUUUGUCUGUGUUGGCUGGGACCGAGGAUUCACUCCCAUCUUCAUGUGCUGCAAGAGCGCGUGCUACAAGGGAGGAUGGGGAAACCGAGGAAACAUGCCCCGGGAGGCACGUCAAUGGACUGCUGCCCUCUGCCACUGCUGCGGUAGGCGUCGGUGCUAAGGGGAUCGGGCGUGAGGCCGGGGAUGGUCACACCGGUAGGAAAUCUGCCGGCAGCAGUUCUGUUGCGAGUGGCAGAGGGAGAGGGCUGGUUACGGUCUUGACGAGUGAGGCGAUACAGGCGUUCGCGUCUGAGGGUGUGACACCUAGGGACUUGCUGCGACGAGUCGUCCUACCGCUGGCCGGAACAUCGGUUCAGUAUCCCCUCCAUCAGAUCGGAAGCAUGUACCGGCAACGGCUCCAGGACGAUGGUGUCGAUCCUCUCAUGUGGCCGGCACCAACACCACCCUUCAAAACACAUUUUCCUGGACUGCCCGACGGGACAACACGUGCGACAGCGAUUGACGCGGCGGGGUUAACGGCAUAUCAAGCACCUCUGACCGGUGCCCCUUGCCUGUCGCGGGGGAUAGGAGGUGAUGGCGGCGGCACGGACAGCACGGCGGCGGAAACCGAAACGGUGGCGACUGAGGAGGCGGUCGCGUCCUCUACGCUAGUACCAAGGGGGGCCUACCGCCGGCUGCUGUGCGUGCCCGUGGAUUCAUCUUGGGAAGCGGUCGCUCCGUUAACGAAAACCGACGAUCCAGACGAGGUUCGAGUCGAACGAUCGGCCAUGUCUGGCCGCGGCCAACCGAACGGGACCACCCCUCCAGGUGGUGCGGGUGCUGCGCCUGGUGAUAAAGGCAGAGUACUACUGAAAGGCGGGGAUGGUGAUGGCUCGCGAAUAUCGGGGGAUGGCGGGCAACCGGGAGGGCUUGCAAACGAUAGAGGUAGGGCAGAUCUUGAGGCUACGUCUGCCAACGAUGUGUUUACCGACGUUCGCCUCACCUUCACACUGCCCCCCGGUAGCUUCGCGACCAUGUAUCUCAGGGAAGUAAUGAAGAGGAACGAUGAUGUUGGUUGGGGGUCACGGGGUGCAAUGGAGGAACCACAGGAGGAGGGGGGGGUUGUGGACACCAUUGCGGUGGACGGGACGUAGGGCUAGGUUCCGUGAUUGUUUCCUUGGGUAUUUGUGGAGCAGCCUGGCCUCUUGGCUGUGGCAACGGACGUCAGGAACCAAGACACGGGCAAGCUUGCCAAGGCUCGGAAAGCAGUCUGCCUGUCAGAGUUGAGUCGUUCAGGUUCACUGACGUAUUUUCUAGAAGCUGCAGCUGCGAGAUGAAAUUCUUCACGGAUUCCGAGAGAUUGCAAGGGGU